GUGGACUUAGCUGAUGUUAUGAUAUGCAGAAUCCCUCCACAUAUGAGGAAAAGAGCCCUCUCGUGGUAAUGUUAGAGGAAUAGCAAUUGGAGACAACCUGCUGCACUCUGCUACUCUGUAAGACAAACAUCAGUAAAGCCAAGCAGCAAGAAAAGAAGGGUUCUUCAUGACAAAAUGACAGCAAGAGAACACAGUCCCCGCCACGGUGCAAAAUCCCGCACCGUGCAACGGGCCUCCACCAUUGAUGUCACCUCUGACAUGCUAGGCCUUUCUCUAGCAGGAAACAUUCAGGAUCCAGAUGAGCCAAUUUUAGAGUUCAGUUUAGCUUGCAGUGAGCUGCUAACUCCAUCGCUAGAUCGAAAACCAAAUAGUUUUGUAGCAGUGAGUGUAACUACACCUCCUCAGGCGUUCUGGACGAAGCAUGCACAGACAGAAAUUAUUGAGGGAACAAGUAAUCCUAUCUUUCUAAGCAGCAUUGCCUUUUUCCAAGACUCUCUUAUCAAUCAAAUGACACAAAUCAAACUCUCCGUGUACGACGUCAAAGAUAGAUCUCAGGGAACAAUGUAUUUGUUGGGUUCUGGGAUGUUCACUGUAAAAGAACUUCUUCAGGAGAAGAAUCACAGGUUGCACUUAACACUAAGGUCGGCUGAAAGUGACCGUGUAGGUAACAUUACAGUUAUUGGAUGGCAAAUGGAGGAAAAAACUGACCAAAGGCCUCCAGUGACAAGGUCACCCGAUACAAUUAAUGGAAGGACCGUGUUGCCAGUUGAUGAAAGUUUAACAGAAUCUUUAGGAAUCAGAUCCAAAUAUGCUUCAUUACGGAAAGAUGCACUACUGAAAUCUGUGUUUGGUGGCGCCAUUUGCCGAAUGUAUCGCUUCCCAACCACUGAUGGAAACCACUUGAGAAUCUUGGAGCAGAUGGCUGAGAGUGUCCUCUCGCUGCACAUCCCCAGGCAAUUUGUGAAGCUUCUUCUAGAAGAAGAUGCAGCAAGGGUUUGUGAACUAGAGGAAUUGGGAGAACUGUCUCCUUGUUGGGAAAGCCUUCGUCGACAAAUAGUUACUCAGUACCAAACAAUUAUUUUAACUUACCAGGAAAAUCUAACUGACCUGCACCAGUAUAAAGGUCCUUCAUUUAAAGCCAGUAGCUUGAAAGCUGAUAAAAAAUUGGAAUUUGUUCCUACAAAUUUACAUAUACAGAGAAUGAGAGUCCAGGAUGAUGGAGGAUCAGAUCAGAACUACGACAUAGUCACCAUAGGAGCACCAGCAGCUCAUUGUCAAGGCUUUAAAUCGGGUGGCUUGCGGAAAAAGCUGCAUAAAUUUGAAGAGGCAAAGAAACACAGUUAUGAGGAGUGUUGCACUUCAACAAGUUCCCAGUCUAUAAUAUACAUCCCACAGGACAUUGUUAGAGCAAAGGAAAUUAUUGCACAAAUCAACACCCUGAAAACACAAGUCAGUUACUAUGCAGAAAGGCUCUCCAGAGCUGCCAAGGAUAGAUCAGCUAAUGGCCUUGAAAGAACACUUGCCAUCCUAGCAGACAAGACCCGGCAACUUGUCACAGUAUGUGACUGUAAGCUGUUGGCAAAUUCAAUACAUGGACUGAAUGCUGCAAGGCCAGACUAUAUAGCUUCAAAAGCAUCUCCAACCUCUGGAGAAGGGGAGCAAGUGAUGCUGAGGAAUGAUCAAGAUACACUUGUGGCCAGAUGGACAGGAAGAAAUAGCCGAUCUUCGCUGCAGGUGGAUUGGCAUGAAGAGGAAUGGGAGAAAGUUUGGUUGAAUGUUGACAAAAGUCUGGAGUGUAUUAUACAAAGAGUGGACAAACUUCUCCAGAAGGAGCGUUUGCAAAGUGACAGCUGUGAAGAUGUUUUCCAGUGCGACAUCAGCUGUACUAGUAAGAAAGAUUGCAGCCCCGCUCCGGAAGAAUCUGGCCCAGGUGAAUGGAGCGAAGCUCUCUAUCCCUUGCUGACAACACUCACAGACUGCGUAGCCAUGAUGAGUGACAAGGCAAAGAAAGCCAUGGUCUUUUUAUUAAUGCAGGACAGUGCCCCGACAAUAGGGCUCUGCCUGAGCCUUCAGUAUCGCAGGGAUGUUGUCUUCUGCCAAACCCUGACAGCUCUCAUUUGUGGUUUCAUUAUCAAGCUGAGGAACUGCCUGCAUGAUGAUGGAUUUCUAAGACAGCUCUACACCAUUGGCUUGCUGGCACAGUUUGAGAGCCUGCUGAGCACUUAUGGUGAGGAGCUGGCAAUGCUGGAGGACAUGAGUUUGGGAAUCAUGGACUUGAGGAAUGUAACCUUUAAAGUUACUCAGGCCACAUCAAAUACAUCUACUGACAUGCUGCCGGUCAUCACUGGAAAUCGUGAUGGAUUUAAUGUGAGGAUCCCUUUGCCAAGCGCCUUGUUUGAUUUGUUGCCGCGAGAGAUUCAAAGUGGCAUGUUACUGAGGGUUCAGCCUGUUCUUUUCAAUGUGGGAAUCAACGAGCAGCAAACCCUAGCAGAGAAGUUUGGAGAUACCUCACUGCAAGAAGUAAUUAACAUGGAAAGCUUAGUGCGGUUGAAUUCCUAUUUUGAGCAGUUCAAGGAAGUUUUGCCUGAUGAUUGUCUACCUCGAUCUCGUAGUCAGACGUGCCUGCCUGAACUGUUAAGAUUUCUGGGACAAAACGUACAUGCAAGGAAAAAUAAGAACGUUGAUAUCCUUUGGCAAGCUGCUGAGAUAUGCCGCAGACUAAAUGGUGUUCGGUUUACAAGCUGUAAAAGUGCCAAGGAUAGGACUGCCAUGUCGGUCACCCUAGAGCAGUGUUUGAUCCUACAGCACGAACAUGGAAUGGCUCCACAGGUCUUCACGCAGGCUCUGGAGUGUAUGAGGAGUGAGGGUUGUCGGCGAGAAAAUACAAUGAAGAAUGUUGGAUGUCGCAAGUAUGCAUUUAAUUCCCUGCAGCUGAAGGCUUUCCCAAAGUAUUACAGGCCUCCAGAAGGAACUUAUGGAAAAGUUGAAACAUAAGCAUACUAUGUCCUUUAAUUGCUGUUCCAUUAAAACAUGUGGAUACACUCUAGAUUAAUACAUGAUUUUGUCAUCCAGAAGAGAUAAAUAACCUUUUUGUACAUUUCGCUAGGUUAUACAGAGCAUGUUACUUACAGAAUUGGAAUCUAUAGUAACAGUUAUUCUGACACCUUAGCUUGAGAAUAGUGUGAUGACUCUCUGCCCGUUUAAAUAGCCUUCAGUGUAUGUAAGACGAACAGAUAUUGUGCUACUUAAUAAUUACCUAUAUGCAAAUAGCUAGGUACCUCCUGGAUGGGCAAGGACUUUAGGAACGGCGUGUAGGCAGCUGUUUCACAUAACAUCUUUUUAUACUGAGUUGACUUGAGAUUGAGCUUUUCAUAAACUUUUUAAAACUGAGAGUAAAACUCAGAAGUUGUAAAUAAAAAGGGAUUGGAUCCUAGAAAGUCUAAUAACUGUAGAGUGCACUGUUACAAUCAAGAAA